CACUUGCAAAAAAACGUUUGUGUGAACUAGGCCUUAGGCAAAUAUUACACCCUCGAGGGUGAUCAGAUAACAAAAGAAUCCAAAAAGUACAAGCGAACAACCUCGUCACAAGAGCUUACAUUCUAACUUAAUCAAUAUAGAAUUUUUAGGGCAAAAAAAGCAUAAAAGGUUGGAAAAACGUGGCUGCUUUCUUCCAAGAACAGCGCCCCACCUGUCCACCGGUUGUGUGCGCAUCCAGUGUGCAUCAGCAAAAAGAACAGCGCCCCACCGGUCCAUGGGUUGCACCUCGUAUUGCAGCUCGGUCUCUAUGAAGUGAUUGCGGCUAAACUGCAAUACCAGGCGUAACCCAUGGACCGCUGUUUUUAGAGAGAAAAAAAAAAUGCACGCUGGAAUACGCUAUUAAUGCAAAAAUGUUUCCGUUCUCAGAUUUUAUUUUAUUUUUUUAUCCUUUUCCUCCACUCCAGAUCGCAUGUCAUCAGAUUGCUCCUAGAUCUCUCUGCAAGGAUGUGCAGCCAAGGAGUUAAUGUGCAGAACUGUGCCCGGAACCAGCAUCCUGCAUAAGAGGCAGAGCAGGGUUGGAGGAUGCGGGAGCCCUGGACUCUGGAUAGUGGUGCAGUGUUAUGCCUCAGUGUAUUUUAAUGGAAUAUCUACUUCUGCUCUAUGGGAAAGGAGCUAAAAAUAGCCUCCGUGGGUCUCUCAGGGCUGUUCAUUCUGUGACAGUGACUUGCAGGCACCAGAUCGCAUGCAGCCUGCAACAGGGGGGGGACAUAGGAUUAUUCUGUCACACAUCCAUACACCCCAUUUCUUUAAAGCAAUACAUAGAUUUAUCCCUUUUUUUUUUUUUGCAUUAAAAAUAGCUGAAUUUUUUUUUACCCUAUCCAUUCCCCUACAAAGGGAAGUCUAUUCUUUCUCCUUUCCAGACAUGAAUUUACAGUGGGAAUAUACAAGGAUCCUUCAAGCCAAAGGAGAUGGUGUAUGGGGCGAAGCUGUGUUCCAUGCAAGCUUUGAUCUAGCAGGGAGAGAAGCUUACCAGGAAAAAAACCUGCUUGUGGAAUGUGCGGUUUCAGUCAAGUAUAACACUCGUUUCUUAGCUUAGCGGAUAGUCCAUCUGUUCCUGGACCACAAUACCAAUGAGAGACUCUACAAUGUUGCAUACAGAGGGCAGUGCCUUGCUAAAGGCGGUGUGGCAGGGGAAAUUUAGACUAACGCGCCUUUUGCUGGAGGGAGGUGCUUACAUCAAUGAAGGCAAUGCCCAAGGUGAAACACCUUUGAUGGCAGCCUGCUUAGCCAAAUACGAUGACCCCCAAAAUAAGUCCAGAAUGGUAAAAUACCUUCUGGAAAACGGGGCUGACCCAAACAUGCCUGACAAGAUGGGUAAAACGGCUUUAAUGCACGCUUGCUACAACUUGACUGGAGCCAGCGUGGUCUCUGUUUUGUUGGAACAUGGUUCAGACCCCAGUAUGAAAGACUACUCAGGCACAUCUGCUCUUAUGUAUGCCCUUAAUAAAGGUGACCGAGAAACCCUAAGGGUCCUCUUGGAUGCUUGUAAAGCUAAAGGCAAAGAGGUAAUCAUCAUAACCACUGACACUUCUCCUUCUGGGACCAAAAAGACAAAGCAGUAUCUCAACUCUCCCCCCUCACCAGGAAUUGAUGAAAAGCAAUCUCCAUCAGUAUGUAUGUCUCCCUCUGACAUUGACUUAAAAACAACUCUUUCCCCAGCAAGUGAGAAAGAAGAAGCCCGGGAUGUAUUUAACUUCAAUAUGGGUACCAGGCUGACGUGCCCUACAUCCAGCAAACUAGAGAUUAAAACCUCCGAUCACAUACCUACUAAAGGAAGGAUGGUGAACAAAAAGCAACUAAAAAGGCUAAACUCUGAGCCCUGGGGCUUAGUUGCUCCUUCAGUCUUGGCUGCAUCUCAUCUUGCAGCUCCUGCUGAGAAGCCUACCAUUGAAGCAUCUGAAGAAAAUAUCAUUACAGAAAUAAAUAACAUGUCCAUUACCAAGAGACCUUUGCUGUCUAGACGUCACAGCAUAGAGGGUCAAGAUUCAUCUUGUUUUAAGACUGGAGAGCAGUCAUCUGAGGAGGAUCCCUCAAGCCUAGACUCUUCAUGGGCUGACAAAGUCCAGUUUAGCCACCUACACCAGCCACUGUCAAGGCGCAACACAGCACCUGAGGCUCAGGAAACAUCUACUACCACCUUGGCUCCAACCAUUGGGGCAAACUUACGGGGAGUUCCUCAUCAUAAAUUGACACGUAUGGACCACUAUGAAUCAGAUUCCCACCUCUGCCCUGAUUCUAUUCCAGGUUCUCCAGACUCUGGACGUGUGUCUUUAGAAAGGCGAAAAUACAAUGCUUCUCCUCUAACGCUUUUUACUAGUUCCUCUCGUGAAUCUUUAGAGAGUAUUCCCAGCGCUGUCUCUCCUAUGACUGUCCGUCGCAGAACCCCAGGUCUUCUGGAAAGGAGAGGAUCUGGGACACUUCUUCUAGAUCAUAUAUCUCACACCAGACCAGGAUUCUUACCACCACUGAACGUUAACCUCAACCCUCCGAUUCCUGACAUCAGAUCUAAUGGCAAAGCUCCUUCACCGGUUCAUGGCAGCCAGAAGACACUGAUUCCUGUGGCCCCAAGUUCUCCCAAACACUUUGACGCCAAAGCCAAGAAGAAACUCAUAAGGAGACAUUCUAUGCAAACAGAACAAAUCAGACAACUCACCAGUUUUCAGAAUCUCUUUCCUCAAAACGAAUCUGAUAAUUAAAGAAUCUUAACCAUGGAAAACCAAUAUGGCUCUAACAUGAAGAAAAUCAAAAGUAAAUAUGUAAAUCUCCUCGUGCUUUGUAGGACCUUACAACAUUUUGGUGGCUCAUCAUCAUAUCUACAAGAAGAAGGAAUGAACAGAAAUUCGCUUCCGUUGUGAUCACCUUUUAUUUGAUCGAUUGUGUUCUCAUGAGCUUUGUGAGGUUUUUGCAUACACAUGCCGAAAUAGGGGUAGAUCUCUGAAAUGUAGCAUUUUAAAAUUUAACCAUCUAGGGGUCCUUUAAAUAAAAAUACAAUGUUCAUAUCCCAUUGGAUAAGCAAAUAACUUGUUUUUGUGUAAUUAGAGUUAAGGAAACCUGCAAAAAAAUCAUAAACUCAAACUCUACCGUUUCAGUGACUUUUGGCUUCUGAAAAUACUAAGAUGGCUUGCAUCAUCAAUUCUUAGUGUAUGUUUUAUAUAAAAAAUAUGUAAAAAACAUCUAUUGUAAAUAAUACAAAUAGAACAUGAAAUGGUCAUGAGACUAAAUAAUUCUCAUUAUUUCCAGGGUUUUAAACAGGGUCAGUCAAGAUGUUGACUUAGAGAUACCUACUUGAACGUGUUGAACAGAUGGUGCUCUACCUUAAAUCCAAACAUUGUCUUGUAGCGCCAUCUCCUGGCAAACUGAGUAGCAGGUUUUACUGUCUUUUUUUCUUGUUUUUAUUAUACAGUGACGCAUUUUGUAUAUUGUCAGCAGAGUUUGAGAGGCUUGUCGGCCAGAGCACUUACAAAAAAAUGUAUCUUCGUAAAUAUACUGAUAAUUGAAUGUAUCGUAGAGGAAUUUUUUGCUACAAAUUCCCCAAAAAGAGCUUUAGACUGGUGAAAACAUUACCAAUCAAGCACACACAGAGUAAAUAAAAAGACUAAUAGAUGUACAACAAAUUAUAUAUGAAUGUGAGAAAGGCACAUUUUAUUUUGUAGAAAACGGGAGAUAUUUUUAAAGUAUAAGUAGAUCUUAGAGCAUCCUACAGCACUUUGCCCUGCCUAAUUGUGUAUUAAUAGAAAUAUAUAAAUAUAUCUAUAUAGCUAUAUCUAGAAUGAUAGAGAUUAGGGACACACAGAUGUGGUUGUGUAAACACAUAUUUAUGUAUAUACACGCACACAUAGAUGCACAUGUGUAUGACUAAAACUAUUUCAAAGCAAUGAUAUCUACUGUUUUGGUUCUGUAUGGCACUUUUCAUCACAGGAGUCCUCAGGCCUGAUUUCCGUGCCCAUUACUGUUCCCAAAAUGUAGACACUGGUUGUAAGAUGUUUCACACUUUCCACUUUCUUUUAUUGUAAUCAUAGUAUGCUAAUAUCAAGGUAAACAGGAAAUUAAAAAAAAAAUGAUAAGAUGAGCACUGUGCCCAUUUGUUUCUGACUGGCUUUCCUUGGAGAGCAGAGCGAGUGGUGCACAGACCUGGUCAGAAACUAAGGGACACAUCGCUCUGCUGAGUGCUUCUGUGCUUCAUGUUAAUAAUUGGUGGAGGUCUCAGCACCCAGAUCUACAACGAACAAAACUUCUGACGUGUCACUAUGACAUGUCAAAUUUUUUAAAAACUUGCACACCCUCUUAAUGUAGCAGAAUAAAAAAAUAGCUUAAAGGGGUUACCCCAUGAUAAAUGAAAAUCAGACAUAAUAUAUAGGACAUGACAACCUCCUUUUUAUAAAGCUAGAAUGUCAUGGCCUCUGUGGUGUGCGUCGUGACACGGUUGCCGUGCAUGCUUUUGCCAGUGGCAACUUGUUGUGGUUGCAGCAUGUAGGUGCC